UCAAUGGUGCCCUUUUAACAGUCGCGAACUAAAAUUUCGACGUUUACUUCUAGUAACUAAAGAAGCACGAAUAAUAAUAAGAUAGUUGGUUAUCGAAGAUGUCACAAGUAGUUUUCUAUCGAUUAUUAGUUAAUUACUAGCGAUAAGUCAGUAAUAAUAGGUGAUAAUUGAGAUGAAAUAAUAUUUUGAGGUUAUAAUGAAGUGCAGAAUCUUUGUUUAUUUAUUCGUUUUCCUGAUUUCAAUUUCCUCGAUACCUGCUGAUGAUUCUGAAGUCCCAGAGGUACAGAUUGAAGCCGAUGAGCUAGAAAGUGACACGAAAAAUGAGGCAGAAGUCUUAUACGAGACUAAAAUUGUAGAAAUAUCGAGAAAGACAAAUGAGGAAUUUUCACACCUUAUGAAGCAGGGAAAGGAUGAGGAGGAUAAAGGUAAUGCCACCAUAACCUCGAAAUUGAAGAAUGAAGGGGCUUACAAAAUCUACAACAAUUGCUUAACAGAUCAAAUCUAUGGGAGUGUCGAAGUCGUCAAUGCUACCAGGCUUAUGGAGCUUCUAAUAAUGGACCCAAGUCACUCCAAUGCCACAGAGAUGGAUAAAGAAGGCAAAAUUCCACCAAAAACCUGCAUUCUGGUUCUCUUCUACACCAGGUGGUGUGUGUUCAGUAGUCAGGCUGCUCCUCACUUCAAUGCACUACCAAAAUUCUUUCCGCAUAUUAGAGCAGUCGCCAUUGAUGCAUCAAAAUAUCAAAACUUUAACACUCAAUUCGCUAUCGUUGGAGUUCCAAUGUUAAUGUUCGUGUACAAUGGGAAGCCUCUGGUAAGGUUCAACGACUCCUCUUAUACCUUGGAGUCUUUCGCAAAAUUCGUUACUGAUUACACAGCUCUGGAACCGAAUGGUUCCCUCUACGUGACAUCUGGAGACUUCGCUGGGCCAGUGCCCAGCACUCCAUCUAAUGAAUGCGACUACUGUCUCAUCCUGUCCUGGAUCUUCAUUGCUGCUUGUGCAAUUUAUUUCACACUGCAGAGCCAGUGGUGGAAGCAGUUUGUCGAGCUCAUACAGAAUACGUGGAGAGAGAGCAACGCACAGCACGAGCAUACCGAUUAAUCAUUCAUUCAUUCAUUCAUUCAUUGUGAUACGUAAAAUUCCUAAUUGAACAGAUUAGGAUAAAUCGUCAUGACUUAACUCAUUUCGUUGUUAUUGUUGCAAUCUAGUUCCGGUGGAAAUAAAGGAUUCCAUUUUUUUUUCAGC